GUCCCUCUGUGUUAUGAAUGGGAGUUCAGUUUAUGGUAGUUUUCUGGUCUAUUUCAUCUUGUUAGGGUUUUGUUGGAGAAACAGACAUUUCUGGGCACUCUAACCCAAAUAUAACCACCAAAGGGAGUCCAGAAGGGAAUGUGCUGACUGUCCGAGCUUCCCUUCAGUGAGCCUAGCAGGGAGAGUCGAAUUAAUGGGGUUUUGGUUGGUUUUUUUGAGAUGUGACAGACAAGGAGAGUUGAGAUGGUAGGGUCUACCUUACAGAAAGAGAGGUGGUAAAAAGGGUGAGCCUGUCAGGGACCUGCUGGUCACAGAGUGAAAAGGGACUGAUUUUAGCUGCUAAAGAAUAUUCUUGAAAAGUGUUUGGAGACUUGUAGCUUUAGAUUUUUUUUUUUACUUUUUAGAAGUCAUGAUAGAACAUGCUACUUUUGAAAGGAUUGUAGAACUGUUCUUCUUCGGAGUGCUAUAGGUGAAAACUUAACCUCUCAAUGCAAAUGUACUACUAAAAGGUAAAAUCCUUCCCCCUUGCAGUGGUGAGAAAGGUGCUGAAUAGAAGUUAGGGAGGAAGAAAACAUAAUUCCUUUAAGGCAGAGGAUGUGAGGGCUGGUUUUCAGGUGUCAGAAUGUGUGACAACCAAGGUACUGAUUUUGCAAUUUAAACAUUUAUUUGGUUCAGUAUUACUUUCUGAGCUGUUAUGAUUGUAAAGAAAACUUUCCAAAUGAGUCCUAAUACGACAUGAUGCAUGGCUAGCUGUGAAAGGCCUAAUCUAGGCAGAGUCAUGCUUGUUUAACUGAAGUCAUGAUGCUAAAUGGAUGCAAUUUUCUGUAUGGACACUUAUCAGAUUAGCUUGCACUUACAAAUUGCAGGUGUAAUUGAUAUGUCCUGCUUUAAACUGAUAUAAAUGUGUCUCCGUAAUGUUGUGAUGGUUUAAACUCUUGCCACUUUUCCUUUUAUAUAGCUCUGUAGCCUUUCGACAGGCAGCUUUGUGGACAGUGCUGAGCUGCACAGGACUUUCAUGACGAGACUUGUCAGGAAAAUGAAACUGGGAAGACUGGUCCGGUUUGUAGCAAAAUAGUGAAAAUGGAAUGAGCUUAAGAGAGUGGCAAGGAUGAUCAGAGGUCUGGAAAACCUCUAUGCAAGAAACAACUAAGCAUACCAGGUCUUUUUAAGCUUGAAAACAUGACUGCAAGGGGGCCCAGUAUAGGUCUGUAUCCUUUGCGUGCUAUUUGUAAUUUUUAUGCAAAGAAUGGCCAUUCACUGUCAAUACAGUCUUAGGGCUGUCACAUGAAAUAAGCUCAGAACAAGCAGGAGGGGAUGGUUCUUCCCACAACCUGUGGCUGUUCCAUGGUAGAGGAUUUUGUAGCCCUUAAAAAUACGCUUGUGGCUCAGACAACAACUGAAAAAAAUCAUGGAAGCAGAAAAUUGGGGUUGUUAGCUGCAAAGAGAACACCCUGUGCUUAGGCAGUGCCUGUAGGCAGUAGAAUUCAGCCCUUUCUCCUUCACCAGCACAGAGGGUUGAUCUGCAGGAUUUAUCUUAGACGUUUUCUGGUGUGUAGUGGCUUGCCUGGUAAAUAUUUCCAAGCAUGCUGUGGGCACAGCAUCUGCAAAAUGAUUUGGCAGCAUGCAAAAUGAUUCCAAGAGCAUGGUGAAAAUGGAAGUGUGUCCAUGACCUGCAAGUUAGCAUUUGAAUUCAAACAAAACUCAUCUCUGCUGGACUAAUUUUAAUUAUCCAGCUGAAUUUGUGGAUGCAGGAACCAUUAAUUCUUCUGUGAAAAGAAUGGCUCAAGUGUGCUGGCAGGUGACAAGGCAUGAGAAGGCUGCUCAGGGAAGGGGUUUUUUUGCUUUGCCCCCACUUCUUUAGUUUUGCUUUGAUCUGUUUUAUGAGGGUCAGAAGACGAAAACCUCAUUACCUAAUGCUGUUGGAUGUCGACGUAUGUGUGAUAUGGCUCUUCGCCAGGAUCUUAAUUAGGGAACUCAUAAAAGUGGAGGGUGGAUGCCAGUUCUUGAAAAGCACUUUUAGCCUUUCUGCUGGAAAGAAAGCUUUUAUUAAUUCAUUAUGGAAUGUAUUAAAAGGAAUCCAGCUCAACCCUGUAAGCAAAGCUGCUGCUUUUUCUCUCCUCUCUUUGUGUCUGCCUUUAAUGUGAGCCAUUUCGGGCUCCCUGCCCAAGAUGGGCCCAAUAAAUGAGAUUUGUAAUAAGCACAUAAGACGGUUUGGAUUGGAAUCCACUUCAGGUCUCUCUGGUUUAAAAAGGUCUCCAGAUUGCGGGUGAGUAUUGCCAGAAUUCAGCAAAAAUGGCUCAAUGCCUUGUUGUACCUUGAGAAGCAAGGGAGGCAUCUGGUCUUAGACCCCUGUGUGCAUCCAGAGCUGCUGGGACUUGACUUUGUGGAGUGGCUCUUGAGCAGCAAAGGGCAGUUCUGUGCCCCGCACUGCUGCCUGAAUGUGAAGCACCCAUUUCAUUUACCCCUUUAACUGACACUACCUAAAGAUGUUACUGUGAGUGAAGUCCUGUGUCCCUGCUACAGGCCAUGUGAAGCUGAGGGCUUGUUAUGUGAGCUUUCUGCAUGCUGCCCUUCAGCUCUAUACCAGAGGAUCCUCUUCAUGGAGAGGAGAGCUGGAAGGAGCAAGGGUUCAUAUUUGCAAUUUAUAAGCCACUGUGCUGAGGUUGCCACUAAAAAGGUAAGCCAGUGUGAAGUGCAGUGAUAGUACAGCUAAGGGAGCUUGGCACUUUGUUUUCAUGCAGGCUUCCAGUAGGCCUAGGUACAUACCCCAACUAACCGUAGUUAGUAGGAGGGAAAGCUUUCCAUCCACAAUGAGCUCAGGUAAGCACCUGCUUCUGGGAUUGCUCUCCUGGAGAGCUGCUGCAGGGCAUUAUGCCAAAGCUCUGCAGAUUUUCUUGUGCUGCAGCUUUUCAGGCUAUGGCCCUCCUGGGAGUUUGCUCAUCAGCCCAGUGAGUAAUCAGUAACUCCCAGGCAUUACUGUGAUUCCUCCCUGUGCUUAUUUUCUCUUUCCUUUGCCCUACAGUGAAGAAUUUCUUACAUGGCUGAGCUGCUGAGAGACUCCUAGCUUCAGGAACAGAUCCUGGGUGAGGCAGUGGCACUGACAUAGCAAGGUAGCGCUCUGCCCAUAGUUGGUUGGUGUCUGAGGCUCCUUUUGUAAAUGAGCCACUUCCAGAAGGCAGAUAGUAUUGUCCUAGUUUAUAAGUAGGGAAACUGAGGCACAGUGAAUGGAUAACAUGUGGGGCUCCUCACUUUUUGCCUUCCUUACAACCCCUAAUGUCCCAGACUAGCCUGAAGAAAGAAAAUAGAUUCUGGAGGAAAUGAGUAUUUGUUCCUUCAGCUGUGCUUUUCUUUUUUAUUAUUAUUUUCUGUCCCUUGUGCCCCCAGCUCAGCAAAGCUGAUGGUGCAGUUCUGGGACAUGUGGUUUAUUAACAAAAUUAUUGCUCUCCAUCAGGGAACCCAAACUUUAGGUUUGAUUUAAGAGCAGUAGAACCAGUGGAAAGUUUUAAAGUAUUAUGUGGAAUCUGGAGAUUUUUAGUCAGCAGAAAGUAGGUGAAUAUCUUCUUGUUAUGUCUUACGAAAUGACGGGCAGAGAAUGUACUGGUGAGAGCAACGGCAAACUGAGAAGGAGCAGCGGUUCUGGAGGAGAGGGUAGAAUGUGCUGUGACACAGGUAAUUUAGUGGUGGCGUUGGCAGCCAAAGCUCUCAUUAAAUUGUAUUAUUUAACAUGAUUUUUAAACAUGUUUCCAGAGAAGGCAUGGUGCAUUGUGAGAAAUUUGCUGGCUAAGGAACAGCCAGGUAACACAUGCUGAAUUACCUGUUCCUGUGUCUCUUUGUGAGGGUUUCCAGCAGAUAAGGGAGCAGAGUCAUUUGCAAAUGGUAGGAACUGGCGAGGGAGGUGGUUAUUCUCAAAUUGGAGUGGAUGGACACCCCACCUCCCCUGCACUCUGCCAGUAAAUCAACUUGCUGAUAAGCAUGGUUAGAGCUGACUUGGGUGAAGCUCUAGGUUGGCCCUGAAGCAGACUGGGGCAAUGCGUCUUGCUCACUAAGCUGUAGUGGAUGAGAGAUAGUGAUGAGCAGCUGGCAUUAACAUUCUUAACUAGCACAUCUGGAUAUGGAGAAGGACAACUAUCUGUCUUGACUGAAUGCAUUUUCAGCUAACAUGCUUCAAAACUGUGUCCCCAUCCAAGCAAACGAAAGCACCAUUGUGUGUGCUCUGGGAUAAGGUGAUGUGCCUUGGUGCUCUGAGCUCAGGGGAAGCUGUGCUGAUGGCAUUUCAACAGCCCGGGCAGAGUUGCCUAAUAACAAAGGACUCUGAAAUUUCUGUCUGGUAAGAUGCAAAGAUUAAUUUGAGCCUGGUUACAUGUGGCCCCUCCCCAGCAAUACUGUGCUCCUUGCAGUGAGACUCUUCAGCUGCCUGGAUAAACUGCUUUUUGCAGUCUGCUUUGUUGUCUCCCCUUUACAUCAAGCCUCUUCUCCCAUCUUGCUUAUUUAUAACACUUGCCUGCCUCUCCUGAGCCGAAGGUGUGAGAUUGCUAAUGAGCUCGAGACAGAGCUGAUCUCCAAAGCAGCAAUAAUUAGGGAUCACUACCUUUAAUGUUAUUUCCCAUAUCACUGUUUGUGGGAGUGUUUGUGCCCUGGGCCACCUCUGAGGCUGAUGUCCAGGCAGCUGGUGUGUCAUUCACCUCAGUCCUUUACCCAGGACUGUGCUGCCUCUUAGCUCUCAUGAAUGAUGGCUCCCACUACAGAGAGCCCAUGCUGCCAGCCACCAGCUGGCCUUAGCCUUGCUUGGAGAACCAGACACAGCAGGAGUGUUGUGCUAAGUAGCUAAAAAGAGAGGUCAUGCCACCUCAUGGCACCGAGGCCAUUUUCUUUCAGGCUAGGAUGUUGUGUUCAUAUUACCUGAUCAGUCCCACUGUUCCCCUGCUGGAAGCAAGCCUGAAAGACUAAAGUUUUUCCUAAAGAUGUCUACUCUCUGGUUGCUAGGCAGAAGAGAGGAAUGAUUCCCUGGAGAACUAUUGUCCGUGGUCUAAUUCCCUCUUGGGCAAUCCAUUUGCACACAAGUGGAUCAGUCCUCUCAUUUAUCCACAGUUACUUCCGUCCACAGGAAGACACAGGGGCAGGGUGGCUGUUAGGAAACCUGACAAGGAGACACAAGGAGAUGACCAGUGUUUUUCUGCAUGGGAACAUGUUGCUGCCAAAUUUGGUGCAGGUCAAAGGUGCUGGUGGGGAAUGCUCUCUCGAGCAUGCUGUGCAGACUGCCGUUGCUGUUGUACAAGUAGUUGGUAGGUGUCAGUGUUUCCUCUUUGUUCCCUCUUCACCCAGCCAGCCAGCUGAGGUUGUUUUGUAGUCAUGUCCUGUGAACUUCUGUAUCCAUUCACAGCACUAUAUCAAAACCUUGUGCCUCAGGCUUUGGCCAAGGCGGUUCCUCUCAUUUUAUCCUCUUCUAAUUCCAUUAAGAUGCUUUAGAUCCCGUCUUUCUUUGUGGAGCCAGAUGUAAAGAAACUAGAACAGGCUGGAGCAGGAUCAGACCUUAGCAAAAAGGUGGUGGGCAGCUGCUGGCCACACAAGUGGGAGUGUUAGAGAUGGCUUUGCUGGCUGGGAUUACAGUGUCACAGUAGCCUGGGGUAUAAUAAAGGCUGAUCUGAGAGGCAGUGGGCUUUGUGUGCUGUGAUCUUUACACAUGGCUGAGGCGGUUCCUCCCUUGAUUUGGGGAGGAAGGAGGUGGAGCGGUCGAGCUGCCACCCUUCCCAUCUGAGUGGCAUGGAUCCAUGUUAGCUGGGAGAGGAGAUGAUGGGGACUGGUGUGGUGUUUUACAGAUCGAUGGGCUGGAGGAGAAGCUGGCACGUUGCAGACAGAGUGUGGAGGAGGUGGAUCUUAAACUGCGCAGGGAGCAGCUCAGCCCUGAAGGAAGAAAGUCACUGGAGAGAGAGAGAAACUUACUAAUGACCAAAGCUGACAACUAUGAGAAAGAACUGAACGUGCUUCGUAAGGAGAAUCGCAAGAACGCUGCCCUUGCUGUGGCUGUGGGGCUGCUGAUUGCUCUUAUUUAUGCCUGCUGGACGAUGUGAUUGCACUCAAGAAUUCUCCCUGCUGACCAAAUGACUCUCCCACAAGGAGCUCUUCCUUCUGUCGCCACUGUGCCUCCCCCAAGGGUAAGGAUCAGCAUUUCAGAUUGCUGCUCUUGUUCAUCCUCUCCAAGCCUCGUCACAGGGAAGCUUUUUCUCUGACAGUUUUGAGGGGGACAGGAGACAAACCAGAAAUCACAGCACACUUGUGGCUGGAAACUGGGUCAAGCAGAGCUGAAGGUGGUGCUAUCUUACUCAAACCGCAGUGAAGACCAUCCAGCCUGAUGCAGGAAGGCAACACAUUUUCCCUUUUGAAGAGGACCUCUGUGGCUUCAGACAAGUGCUCUCUGCCCAGCCCAGUCAGAACACAUGCCGCCUUGGUUCCUGUGACUCAGCCAUAAGCUGAAGGGACACCAAACUCUUUGAAUCAAAGGGUAACUUUGGUAUUGUGACCAAAAGACUCCACCAUGUUUCCAGAGCUGAUCUAAAUAAGCAUGAUACCUCCUCCACACUGACUUGCAGGACCAGAGGAAUCCUACCUCCACAAAAACAGAUGGGAGGGAGGUAUCUCUCUGCAAGCAGGUAGCAUCCAGCUUGAGAUGUGGGUACUUGGGUUUUGAGAAGAUGUACCUACCUCUCCAGUGCAUCACAGCUUGGUAGCUGUUCUGUGCCUCUGAGAAUCAACACUUGAAGAAGAGAAUUUACUAUCAACUCCCAGGGAUGGAAGUGCCUCUGCAAGGGCUUUAAAUAAAAUAAUUUCACUUUGUA